UGGAGACGGAGCUUCAAACCAGCUGCAUCCAUCCUUCCCGUAGAACUGUCUCCACACUAUGGGUGACAGAUCCGCUUGCCUUCAAGGAGAGUACCAUGACCUGCUUCCCUACCUCUCCCUCCCUUACUCUCAGAUCUGAGACCGCCGAGGGGAAGAAGCGUAUUGACACGGAUUCUGGAACCAAGUCCUCACCCACCCGAGACUGAUGUAGCCCAGAAGACACACAUGCCGCGGAUUUAUUUUCUGGAAACUGAACGAGAGGGUAUUUGAAAGUCGAGAGUGCCUCUGCUGCAGUACAGCCGGUAUCUCGCCAGCUUGCGUAGGUCAAGUCAAUCUCCUUCCAUUUGUCAUUUACAGCAUCGAUCCGGUCAACUUGAGAAAUGUUCUAAUCGGAAGCGGUCUAAUUUUUUUUCUAGCCGAGAUUCCUGGGACAUUAACUAAUAGUAACCUGUACGGUUCUUGAUCCCUCACUUUGCUGUUACCGAAAUGUUCUUGAAUGCACCAGCCGCUCUGCCAGCACUUGAAACAGUCUCUAUUUUUUUUGAUGGGCGGCAGUGUUAAACAAGACACGAUCCCGUGUGGUAAUAUUAACCACCUGUAAAUCUGUGUAUAAAGUCACUUGCAGAAAUUCCAGCUCACCGACUGCGAUCUUCUGUUUAGCGGACCCUGCUCUUAGGCGGAUGGACAGGUUGCCAAGUUGGGAGCGCAAUGUCUACGACAAGCCAUGAGAUCUCACAGCCUUGUGAUUCCUCGGGUUUAAUCAACUGCCUUGCGCCCUUCAAACUCUGAAUUUUUGCCAGCUGCCAUCGACCUGAUUGAUUUCGCGGCAGUUCCCGGAGUUACUUCUCGUCCGCGCUCGGGAGUAUUGAUGGCUUCCCUUCGCAGGGUGAAGGGGCUCCUGAUUCUCAACCUUGUGGCCGUGGUGGGCUUCUUGCUCUUCCUGGCGAGGUGCAGGGUUCCCCUGAAGGGGUGGGAGUCGGUGCAGGCAGCGCAGAGCCGAGCCGAGUCCAGCAACCUGACAUACCGAGGCGCGCCUCCUGUCCAACAGGCAGUGCUGAAGAGGCUGUCACUCCUGGAGGACAUCGUCUACCGUCAACUAAAUGGAUUAUCGAAGUCCCUUGGGCUCAUUGAAGGAUUUGGCGGCCGAGGUCAGGGAGGGUUGCCUGCUACACUUACAAGUGAAGAGGAAAGAGAAGCCGCAGGGGCAUAUGAAAAAUAUGGAUACAAUACUUACCUGAGUAACAAGAUUUCCCUGGAUCGAUCCAUUCCAGACUAUCGACCUAGUAGGUGCAAAGAAUUAAGCUACCCCAAGAAUCUUCCACAGAUUUCCCUUAUCUUCAUCUUUGUGAAUGAAGCUCUGUCAGUCAUCCUCCGCUCUGUGCACAGUGCAGUGAAUCACACUCCAGCUCAUCUAUUAAAAGAAAUUAUCCUUGUAGAUGACAACAGUGAUGAUGAAGAACUCAAGGCUCCACUAGAAGAGUACGUGCACAAGCGAUACCCUGGUCUGGUGAAGGUGGUGCGGAAUCAAAAACGGGAAGGCUUGAUCCGAGCUCGAGUCCAGGGAUGGAGAGCUGCGACAGCACACGCCACAGGCUUCUUUGAUGCCCAUGUGGAGUUUAGUGCGGGCUGGGUCGAACCAAUCCUGGCAAGGAUUAAAGAAGACAGAAAGCGAAUAAUUCUUCCUUCCAUUGACAACAUCAAGCACAAAACAUUUGAGGUGCAACGCUAUGAGAAUAGUGCCCAUGGUUACAGCUGGGAGCUCUGGUGCAUGUACAUUAGUCCUCUCAAAGAAUGGUGGGAUAGAGCAGACCCUACAUUGCCAAUCAGAACUCCUGCUAUGAUUGGAUGCUCGUUUGUGGUGAAUAGAUUGUUUUUUGGUGAAAUCGGGUUGCUGGACCCUGGAAUGGAUGUCUAUGGCGGGGAAAACAUUGAACUGGGGAUAAAGGUCUGGCUGUGUGGUGGAAGUAUGGAGGUCCUCCCUUGCUCAAGGGUGGCUCACAUAGAACGGAUGAAAAAACCGUAUAAUAGUGACAUAGGAUUCUACACCAAAAGAAAUUCACUUCGUGUUGCUGAAGUAUGGAUGGAUGACUACAAAUCUCAUGUUUAUAUGGCAUGGAAUAUCCCCAUGGAUAAUCCAGGGAUUGACAUUGGUGAUAUCUCUGAAAGAGUCGCUUUGAGAAAACAUUUGAAAUGUAAGAAUUUCCAAUGGUAUCUGGACAAUGUGUACCCAGAGAUGAGGAGGUACAAUAAUACAGUGGCAUAUGGAGAGGUUCGUAACAACAAAGCAAAAGAUUUUUGCCUGGAUCAGGGUCCACCUGAGAAUCACACAGCCAUUCUGUAUCCUUGUCAUGGGAUGUCCCCUCAGCUGGUCAGGUAUACAAAAGAAAGACAUAUAAAUCUCGGAUCCCUGGGAUCUAUUAUCCAGCUGCCUGAUACACAAUGCCUGGUGGAUAACAAGAAAAGUCAACAUCCUCAGCUUCUAGAUUGUGAAAAAGUGAAAAAUGUUUACCAGAAGUCUUGGCGUUUUGUCCAGAACGGAUCAAUCCUUAAUCUGGAAACUGGUCGCUGUCUGGAGGUGGAAAAUAACAAAAGAGCUGAAUUUGGGAUUGAGCUGGUGUUGCAACAAUGCACAGGACAAAAGUGGACAAUUAAAAAUGUCUUGAAGCAAGCAACCUAAUCCUGAGCUAGCACAAUCCAAAGGAAACUGGAUUUCUUAGUCGCAGAACAAACUAAAAAACUCAGAGCAAUAUUGCAAUAGGCUUGGACAUAACAGCAACCGCCAAUAUAUUUGAGUGACUAACACACACUCAAAUUGGAUUAUUUCUUCAGGCUGGACUUUUAUUUUAUUUUUAUUUUCAGAUUUUAAAAUAAAAUCUAAUUUUGUUUGAAUGUUAUAUAUAAUCAAAUGUUUGGAAAUAUCUAUUCAAUAAAUUAAUAGAUUAUCUGUGUUUAAAAUUGAUUGGUACACACUGUAAAGUACUUUGUUCAAGGCUAACUAUUGAUAAGUGAAAUAAGUAUCACUAUUACCUCGCGACAACCAUUAUCAUUUGGGAUUUCAUUUUGUCACUCAACCCUUAACGGUUGGUCUGAACUUAAUCAUUGAGAUUCCAAUGUGCAUGAAUCUAUUAUGUGGUAAACUGCUUUCACAUUUGACACUACUUAUUCAGAUACUGGUGCUGAUGUACUGUACAUUGACGAGAAAUGCCAUAAAUUAUAUUGAAUGGAAAUGCUACAACAAUGGAGCACAGGUUGGUUUGGAAUUGGAAUUAUGAUAUUUUAUUGAGUCAGGCUUUGAUCUAGUUUUACUAAAUUGGCUUUCAACGUGACCACCAAUGUUAUCUUGUUAAAUUCACGUUAUUUCAUGAUGGAAAGCUCCGGUUUUGGAUGUAGUGGGCCUCAUUAUUAGAGUUGCUUUGCAAAGGAAAGGAAAAGAAAUGGAAGAAAGAAUCAGCUUGAAUUACGUGGAGCCUUGAUUGACAUUGAUUGAGAGGGAGAGGAAGACUGCAUCCAACAGCACUGACUGUCACCAGCUGACUGGCACAGGUAUCGAUUUCCAACUAGCAUUGUCAAGAAUUUGCUUGUAUCAAUAUCGUCUGUAUGUUGUUGUAAAAGUGAAAUAAAGAUGUGGCGGAGAAACUAAACUACACAAACCAGUUGGAAAGGGUCAAUUUAG